ACAUGGAACUGGGCUUGGACCUAUAAACAAAUGAAAAAGAAUACGGGCCAACGUAAGAGGGCCCGUUACAUUACAAAGAUUUAUUUCCACAUAACACAAAGCAUUAUCUUCCUCGCUCUCAUUUGCGCAGACAAAGAAAUUAGGGUUUGUGUCACGUAGCAGCAAUGGCGCCGGCGAAGCAGAGAGCACCUAGGGUCACCAGAAACCCUGAAUUGAUUAGGGGUAUUGGAAAGUACUCCAAAUCCAAGAUGUACCACAAGAGGGGUAUCUGGGCUAUUAAGGCAAAAAACGGCGGCGUUUUACCUCGCCAUGAUCCUAAACCUAAACCCGAAUCACCUGCUGAGAAACCACCAAAAUUUUACCCCGCUGAUGAUGUGAAGAAACCCCUUCGCAACAAGCAUAAGCCUAAACCUACUAAGCUCAGGGCCAGCAUUACUCCUGGGACAGUGCUGAUUCUUCUUGCUGGUAGAUUUAAGGGAAAGAGGGUUGUGUUUUUGAAGCAGCUUCCUUCUGGGUUGCUUCUUGUAACUGGUCCUUUCAAGAUUAAUGGAGUUCCUUUGAGACGUGUAAAUCAGUCCUAUGUGAUUGGUACAUCGACCAAAGUAGAUAUUUCUGCUGUUAAUGUUGAUAAAUUUGAUGACAAGUACUUCUCCAAGGAAGCCCCUAAAAAGAAGACCAAGGGAGAAGGCGAAUUCUUUGAGGCAGAGAAUGAGGAGAAAAAGACAUUGCCUCAGGAGAAGAAGGAUGACCAGAAAACUGUGGACUCCGCUUUGCUAAAAGCCAUUGAGAGUGUUCCUGACUUAAAGACUUAUCUUGGUGCCAGGUUUUCUCUCAAGUCAGGCGUGAAGCCACACGAGCUAGUCUUCUAGUUUGGAGAAAAGAGGAAUAUUAUGCUUGUGUUUUUUAUAUAUUUUUUGGAUGGAAUUUGGUUCAUAUAGUGGCACUUACUUAACUUUAAGAGCUUACAUUAAUAGGAUUUGGAAUUCUAUUGGAGAUAUUCCUUCCUGCAUUUUUGCUAUUUUGAACUUCUUUAAUGAUUUUAUGAAUUUUAAUUUAAUCUUUAAGUUUGUUAAAGAAAAAUAUUGAGGACGGAAGGAAAGCAGAUGGAGUGUUUCCCUCUUAUGUUUGCAAAAAAUAUAUUCUCAGUGCUGUAAUAAGAACUGGAUUAUGGAGAGA